GGGACUUGAACUCGUCGUUGUUCUCAAUGGAUGCGAACAUCUUUGUUUGCUCGCAGACACGACACACAAUCCUAUCUAAAGCGUUUUCUUCUUUAUUGAAUGUAAACAGAAGCGCCUGGGAGACGUAUGGCUCGGAUGCAUUAAAUCUGAAUGUGACCCGAUGAGAGGAGGACAGCUCAGAGUCUCUUUAAAUACGCGCGAGCAUUGCGUUCAGAUGAAUCCAGAUGUGCUGCUGAAUGGCCCGUCAGACACACAGAGGGCAUCAUCUCUCUGUUUAUAAACACACAGUCGUGCAUAUAAAGGAAGCAAACGGGCGGAUUGAUGCACCCAUUCCAGUGGUGCAACGGGUGCUUCUGCGGUUUGGGAUUAAUCUACUCCAAUAAGACCUGCGCUAUGCCAUCGGUAACCUUCCAGGACCUGCCUCUCAAUAUCUAUAUGGUUAUCUUUGGCACAGGGAUCUUUGUCUUCGUACUGAGUCUCAUAUUCUGCUGCUAUUUCAUAAGUAAAUUAAGACACCAAGCCCAAAGUGAACGCUUUGGAUACAGAGAGGUCAUCUUAAAAGGAGACCCAAAGAAGUUGAAUCUUCAUGGGCAGACAUGUGCUGUAUGCUUGGAGGACUUUAAGGUGAAAGAUGAGCUGGGAGUGUUGCCAUGCCAACAUGCCUUUCACAGAAGGUGUGUGGUUAAGUGGCUGGAGGUUCGCUGCGUUUGCCCUAUGUGUAAUAAACCCCUGUCCGGGUCAUCCGAGCAGCACCAGAGUAUAGGCACAUGGCUGGAUGAGCUGGUGUAGCACGUAGGAUGAGCAUCUGGAACAGGACAAAACUGCCAGACAUUGAGUGUCCUCCUUUUUAUUUUGCGGACAAAAACAGUUUGGCAGUGUUUACUGCUACUGUGUUAAGACUGUGACUGUCUAAAUCACAGAUAUUAAAGGGAAAGUACAUCUUAGAUGACAAAUGUUGUGUGAAGUAGCUCAUUUGGAACACAAAAGGUGCAUUUUUAAGUAAAAUCUUGACCACUGUCAAGCUCAAAAAGCACCAGAAAGUAUAAUAAAAACCAGUGGACAUAAAACAUACUGUCAGAUUCUCUCAGUUGAUGAAACUUUAUGGAAAACAAGGCCAUACAUUGAACACUGGUAGGAAAUGCACGUCAUUGGACAAGCUGGAACUGAGAAAACUACAGAGACUAAACACCACCUUUAACAUUCCAACCCUGAACGCUGCAGCACGGUGCACUUGGCCCAAAGUCUUUCACAGUGAUGUGUGUGUGUUUGUGUAUUUUACAGUUAUCAUUAGUAGAAUUCAUUAUUGAAUUUAUGUGCACAAAUUAUGGAUCGUAAUAAGAGAUUUAAAGCAAACACUACCACUGUUCUUGGACACUGAGAAAUGGACUGCCAUUAAAAACAUACUUUCUUUUUGUAUUUCACGUUUUUGUGUUUGUUCACUUUGUAAUCUUGUUGCUGUUGUUGCUGAACCUGAAGUGUUUUAUUCUGUAUUUUCACACAGGAAAGAAUGAAAGGAAAUUAUACUUUUCACAGGAUUUCAUGUAUAUUUGUCUAACGUUGUGGACAUUUCAGAAAUCUCAGUUUAAUAUGUCACAGAACAGGACCUUUUUUGUUAUAUACUGUGUCAGUGCUGUAGAGGUUCUGGUAACAGUAAUAUUUCAGAUUUUUAUCCGAUAUAUUACUUCACAUUUUUACCAUCUAAUAUAUAUCACAAUGUAUAAUGUUAAAAUGUCAAGGUUUUUUACAUUACAUUUUCCACUUUCUCUCUGCCCUUUUUUGAAUCCGUAUAGGUUUUUAACGUGAAACUAUUUCAGAUAAAGAAAAGUGCAGAAAAGCCAUUUAAAGGGAUAGUAUGGCCAAAAAUUAAAAUUCUUUCAUCAUUUACUCACCCUCAUGUUACUCUGAACUUGAAUUACUUUCUUUCUUCUGCAGAUCUCAGAAGAUAUUUUGAAGAGCGUUGUGAACCAAAUUGCAUUGGACCCCAUUGACUUCCAUUGUAUUGGCACAAAAGACAUUUCUCAAAAUAUCUUCUUUCAUGGGUUUCACAAAGAGUCAAAUGACAAAGGUGUAUAAACAAAACUUGUAUUGUCGGGUGAAAUAACCCCUUAAGUAUUAAACGUAAGAAACAAUUGUUGUUGUACUGUCUAUUUAAAAUGACAUCAUUUCUCAUCACCAGCAAAGUAAAGCACAAUUUUAUAAUAUGAAGAAUGAAAAUUGGAACACAACCAUGGACUUUUUGCUGCGGUUAUAAGGUUUGGAUGUUAUGUGGUAUUGUAUAGCGUGUCAAUAUUGUUUCUGAUGAUUUGAUCCUAUUAAACCCAGUCA